CCGCCAUCAACGCAAUCCGUGAGUCCACUCCCGCCGCAUCGACUGCACCUUCGCAAACGCAACUGCCGCCCUCUCGCUCGCUCGCACGUACGGAACGGCCUUCACGAAACGCACACCCCGACUGACAUCCGCAUUUUUGCCACCCACAGAACAGACAAUUUCCCGUGAACAGCACAUCCAACCGCAAUCAUGGGUAAGGUGCACGGCUCUCUCGCUCGUGCCGGAAAGGUCAAGUCGCAGACUCCAAAGGUCGAGCCCCAGGAGAAGAAGAAGGUCCCCAAGGGCCGCGCGAAGAAGCGCAUCCAAUACACUCGCCGCUUCGUCAACGUCACCAUGACCGGCGGAAAGAGGAAGAUGAACCCCAACCCAACCUCAUAGGCGACUCAUACCACACAUGACAACACCACCACACAUGAUGACUGGACGGAAGGAAGAUGGUCUUUUUGCGUGAUGGGGUUUGGAGAAGCGCGAGGCAAAAACGAGAAGCGCAGAACACGACAUGGAAAUGAGGCAACGGCGUUUUUCCCUUUUUUUGAGGCAGAACUGGGCUGGAUGUCUCGAGAGUUGCGUUCCUCUCAUCUCCUCAAACCCGAUCGUUUGGGAGGAGAGGUGCUAGCUUGAAGAAGGAAGUCGAGCACACAACAUGAAAAUGGUGAAAGGCUUCUGGUUCUGUAUACUCCCGUAGUAGCUUGAACUGCGCAAGGCUUCUCACGCACAUACUGUGGUUUGGCUCCAACUACCAAUAUUGUGACCACAGCGCCCAUUGUGCUGCAUGCGAUCCUUGCAAAGGCCAAUGUCUUCCAGGAAACCAUGCCUAUGUAACUGGUAUCUCCAAAAGCAGGGUCGCCUGUUUCUGGAGCUUCCUACCAGAACAGGUUAUGUCACAUCCGUCAUCGGGUAUCAACUACAUGGGCUACCAUUUGGUGGACGGCACGACGAACAAAUUACGCCGGAUUGGGUUGCCACUCUGUGUAUACGUCGAUUGAUCUUGCAUAUGGCUCAAGUUUAGCAGGUCUUGCUGCUCAACGACAAACAUUACGUAGCCAGAAGCCAUCAAUCCCAGAAUCCGCCACGGUCCCCGGAAGUGCUAUUCCAUCGUCGUCAAUGGUCCUCGAUGUCCCUCAUCCUCAUCCUCAUCCUUGACCUCGCCCAAAACGUGGCCGUGCACCGCCAAUUGCUUCUUGUGUUUGAUGUCCCUCUCCUGUCGAUCCAUGUCCAGUAUCCUCAUCCUCGAAGCCUCUACUGCAUCUGGCUCAGUGUAGAGAAUAUACAGCUUCAACGCUCGACCCUGCCCAUCGUUAUUCUCCACCAUAUUUACCCCGACCAACGAAUAGCCCACUGGAAGGGUGAUAAUAGUACAUACGUUAUUCUGUUCGCAGAUCUCAGCAAGUGAUUGGGGGCCCGUUAUUGCUAUCGUGUCAGAGUUUAGGGUAUCAGAACUGUCAGAACU